GAGAGGUAUAUAAAAGGUUAGGGUUUGAGGUUUAUUUGGGUGCCAUUGUUGCUCUUGCCAUUCGCAGCUGCUGUCACUCACACCGCACACAGUGAGCCAUGGCCGUUGGAAAGAACAAGCGCAUCUCCAAAGGGAAGAAGGGUGGCAAGAAGAAGGCAGCUGAUCCCUUUUCCAAGAAGGAUUGGUAUGACAUUAAGGCUCCCUCUGUUUUCCAAGUAAAAAAUGUUGGCAAAACCCUCGUCAGCCGUACUCAGGGUACCAAGAUUGCCUCUGAAGGACUCAAACAUAGAGUCUUUGAGGUCUCAUUGGCUGAUCUUCAAGGAGAUGAGGAUCAUGCAUUCAGGAAGAUAAGGCUGAGAGCUGAAGAUAUUCAAGGGAAGAAUGUCCUGACGAAUUUCUGGGGAAUGGAUUUCACCACAGACAAACUGAGGUCUUUGGUUCGAAAAUGGCAAACACUUAUUGAAGCCCAUGUGGAUGUGAAGACAACUGAUAGUUACACAUUGAGGAUGUUUUGUAUUGGAUUCACCAAGAGAAGAGCUAACCAGGUGAAGAGAACCUGUUAUGCCCAAUCAAGCCAGAUUAGACAGAUACGUAGGAAGAUGAGAGAGAUCAUGACCAACCAGGCAACAUCCUGUGAUUUGAAGGAGUUGGUCCGAAAGUUUAUUCCUGAGAUUAUUGGAAAAGAAAUUGAGAAGGCAACGUCUAGCAUUUAUCCUCUGCAGAACGUGUUUGUCCGAAAAGUCAAGAUUCUUAAAGCUCCUAAGUUUGAUCUUGGGAAACUGAUGGAGGUUCAUGGUGAUUACUCAGAAGAUGUUGGCACAAAGGUAGACAGACCUGCUGAUGAAACAAUUGCAGAGGAACCCACCGAAAUUGUUGGAGCUUAAUUCAGUGAUACUGCAUUCAGCUUGUUGUAGUUUUCUGUUUCCUGAAAAUUAAGUUUAAAACUUCAGUUUAGUGUUUGUGUAAGCCGAGUAAACCAGUUUUGUUUUGACAAUCGGAUAUUUUUUGCUCGUAAUACAUCUGGGUUUGUUGAGCACCCAAAAUCAGAUUUGGUUGCUUUACCGAUAUUGAGUUAUUGGCAGAUUAUAUUGUUCUUUUUAA